AUGAGUGCAAGAGUGCGAACAAAAAUGAAGCAAGUGUAUGGAACGCCUGAUAAAGUAGACCUUUUCGUUGGUGGCCUAUUAGAGGAUCCAGUUCUGCGUGGCUUUGUUGGACCGACAUUUGCGUGUGUUAUUGGGCCACAGUUUCAAAGGAUACGAGAUGGUGACAGAUUUUAUUACGAAAAUCCGGGGGUUUUCACGCGGGCCCAACUUGCGGAAAUUCGAAAAAGUAGUUUUGCUCGAUUAUUGUGCGAUAAUGGUGACAAUAUCGAUACGGUACCACGAGAAGCAUUCCGGCUUGGCCGAAUGACACCAUGCAGUCAAAUACCGCAAAUGGAUUUGACGAAAUGGAAGGAGUGA